AUGCCUCUAUUCAGCCUGAUGCCUCUAUUCAGCCUGAUGCCUCCACCCAGCCUGAUGCCUCUACCCAGCCUGAUGCCUCUACCCAGCCUGAUGCCUCUAUUCAGCCUGUAGGCCAGUUGACUCGAUGCCGCUAUCGAUCCAGACGACCCUGUGCCCGCUGUCGUGCCAAUUGACUCAGAACCCACUGUCGUGCCUGGUGACUCGGUGCCCACUGCCUUGCCAGAUGACGCGGUGCCCGCUGUCGAGCCAAAUGACCUGAUGCCUGGUGACCCGAUGCCCGCUGUCGAGCCAGACGAUCCAAUGUCUGACCCAGUGCCCGUGGUCAUGCCAGUUGACUCGGAACCCACUGUCGUGCCUGGUGACUCGGUGCCCACUGCCUUGCCAGAUGGUGACCCGAUGCCCGUUGUCGUGCCUGAUGACCCGGUGCCCGCCGCUCCGCCUGGGGGCCCGGUGCCCGCUGCUCCGCCUGGGGGCCCGGUGCCUGCUGCCCCUGCUGGGGGCCCGGUGCCCGCCGCUCCGCCUGGGGGCCCGGCACCCGCCGCUGCCUGUCCUGCCCCCUCCUGGUGGCCCGGUGCCUGCUGCUCCGCCUGGUGGCCCGGUGCCUGCCGCUCCGCCUGGUGAUCCGGUGUCCAGCUCGAUGUGCCUCUGCCCGGUGUCCAGCUCGAUGUGCCUCUGCCCGGGGUCCAGCUC